GAAACCGAAAACAAAAGUAGAAAUUGUCAUGUGUAUUUACAAACAAUCAUGCAAUCUCUUGAAACCAAUAGUCCAACGAAUUUUCCGACGAAACUUUGCAAUAUCAACUAAUUCUUUAAACAUGGCAUCUGGUUCUGAUGCUAAUUUAUAUGAUACAAAUAAUUUACAGCCACAACCAUUCAAAUAUUUUCUGGUUUUGGAUUUUGAAGCGACAUGUGAGAAUGGGAGAACAAUUGUGCCUCAGGAAAUUAUAGAGUUUCCAGUAUUGAAGAUAAAUGCUGUGACCCUUCAAACAGAAUCAGUCUUCCACCAAUAUGUUCAGCCAAAAGUACACCAACAGUUGACACCGUUUUGUACUGAGUUGACUGGCAUAAUACAGGAUAUGGUUGAUGGCCAGCCUUAUAUUGAAGAAGUGUUAGAGAAAUUUCAUACAUGGUUGGUGGAAAAUGAUUUGUUGAAUCCAGAAAACAAAUUUAUUUUUGUAACAUGUGGGGACUGGGAUCUAAAAACAAUGUUAACCUCACAACUUAGAUAUUUUGGUAUAAACAGAGCGCCAUAUUUUAACAAAUGGAUUAAUAUUAAAAAGCCAUUUUCACACCAUACAAAUGAGUAUCCGAAAGGAAUGAUGCCAAUGUUAAAAAAAUUAGAUUUGACUCAUGAAGGCAGACAUCACAGUGGUAUAGAUGACUGUAAAAAUAUAGGCAGGAUAUUAACUGAGCUUCUGCGAAGGGGUGUUGUAUUCAAACCAACAGGAAAGCUGUGAUAAACUAGUCUACAACUUUGUUAUGAUGUAGUGUUUGCUGAGAUAAAUAUUUCAUUAUUAGAGUACAAUGUUUAUUUUUGUUCUGUAAAUAUACUUUAUUAAGCAGAAUUGUACAGAAAUUAUUAUAUAAUUAUCAUGAAAUAUUACUGAUUUUAUACUGAGUAAAUAAAGAAAUAUCUGUG